AUGGAUUUUGUAGUCACAUAUUUCCCCUCUUGCAGGUACAACUGUGGAUACAACCUCGGCAGCUGCUCAUGCACCUACAACUGUCAGUCCUAUGGCAACUGUUGCCCUGACUACGACAAUUUCCCCUCCUGCAGGUACAACUGUGGAUACAACCUCGGCAGCUGCUCAUGCACCUACAACUGUCAGUCCUAUGGCAACUGUUGCCCUGACUACGACAAUUUCCCCUCUUGCAGGUACAACUGUGGAUACAACCUCGGCAGCUGCUCAUGCACCUACAACUGUCAGUCCUAUGGCAACUGUUGCCCUGACUACGACAACUACUGCUCUAUGACAACUGACUGGCCAGCUACAACAGAUUUCCCCUCCUGCAGGUACAACUGUGGAUACAACCUCGGCAGCUGCUCAUGCACCUACAACUGUCAGUCCUAUGGCAACUGUUGCCCUGACUACGACAACUACUGCUCUAUGACAACUGACUGGCCAGCUACAACAGGUGCACAUGACUUUCUUAUCUGUCUUUCGGAUUCAAACUGUCCCUGGUUUCCUGGGUGAUGUGGAAAGCUGAUAUUCAUACAUCACAAACAUAUUAAUGGAUUUUGUAGUCACAUGUAUUAAUGGUUUUGUGGAUAAUAUGUGUUUCUCCCUCCAGAUUU